UGCAUCCAGUCUGUUGGGGGAGCGUGUGAGAGGCACAGAGAGAUUGGAGAGUUGUCUUGUGGACUAAGAAAUAUAAAGACAGAAAAAAAAGGAUUGUUUAGAGUGACUUCAGAGUUAUAGAGAAGAAAAAAAAAACUUUCUGGUUAGAGAGCAGUUGUGUUUGUAAGCAGCCCGAUCAACAGCCGCCAUGGGUGAAAUGGAACAGAUGAAAAAGGAGGCCGAAGCCUUGAAGACACAGAUCGAGGCUGCUCGCAAAGCAGUCCAUGACACAGAUAUGGCUGCUGCCGCUGCUGGGGUGGCUCCUGCCCCUCGGGUCCAACUCAAGACCAGGAGAACACUGAAGGGACACCUGGCCAAAAUCUACGCCAUGCACUGGGCUACAGACAACAGGCUAAUGGUCAGUGCAUCACAGGAUGGCAAACUCAUUAUCUGGGACUCUCACUCUGGUAACAAGAUCAAUGCUAUUCCUCUCAAGUCCUCAUGGGUGAUGACCUGCGCAUACGCUCCUUCUGGAAACCUUGUGGCCAGUGGUGGUCUCGACAACAUGUGUACUGUCUACAACUUGAAGACACCCGUAGUCAAGACUGUGAAAGAAUUGGAUGCUCACACAGGUUACUUGUCCUGUGCACGCUUCCUAAGUGACAGUGAUAUUAUCACUUCUUCUGGUGAUACCACAUGUGCUCUGUGGGAUAUAGAGACUGGCAAGCAGAAAACAGUGUUCUUGAACCAUAUUGGUGACUGCAUGUGUCUUUCACUGUCUCCGGACAAUAAUGCAUUCAUUUCUGGUGCUUGUGACUCUCUGGCCAAGCUGUGGGACAUCAGAGACGGCCAGUGCAAGCAAACCUUCCAGGGUCACACCAGUGACAUCAAUGCCAUUUCAUUCUUACCCAAUGGUAAUGCAGUUGUUACUGGCUCAGAUGACUGCACAUGCAAGAUGUAUGAUAUUCGCUCCGAUCAGGAAGUGAUCAGCUACCAGGAUGCUCAGCUGAACAGCGGCGUUACAUCACUGGCUCUGUCCAUCUCCGGCCGUCUCAUCUUUGCUGGUUAUGAUGACUUCAACUGCAAUAUCUGGGACUCGCUAAAGGGCGAGAAAGUGGGAGUGUUGUCUGGCCAUGACAACAGGGUGAGCUGCACUGGAGUACCAGCUGACGGCAUGUGCGUUUGCACUGGCUCAUGGGACAGCUUCCUGAAGAUCUGGAACUGAGCCGAACCUGGAGCAAAGAUCAGGAGAGAAUGAGAGAGAAAGAACUGGUAAAGACUGAGUGAGAGAAGAUGGAAUGAAAUGGGGAAAUUCCAAGCAACAAUGAAUCUCUUUAUCUCACACAAAUACAUAAACAUCCACCUGUAUAUGUGUGUGAUUUCUGGACGACUGGAUUUUAUUAGAGUAUAUAAAUGGAAUAUGUAAUUGGACAAAUAUAACACAGGAAGACUGCAUAAAUGCGAUCAUAACAUGUAAUCACAUAAAUUAGUAACAAAGUCACACUGGAAAUCAGUAAGUUGACUUGCAAUAGGGGUUUAUUGACAACAUAAAAAAAAUGAAAUAAAAAAAACAAGAAUUUAAAAUAUAGUAUUUAUUUGUCUGUUAAAACCCUCUACUAUUAGAUUUGUGUGUAGAUUUCCAUUUUCUAGAUGCUAUAAUAGAAUGCAGAGUAACUGUACAGUGAUUUUUUGCAACACCCACACUGUCUUGACUGUCUGAGAUCCAGUAUUAUGGCUCUUUGAUGAUGUUGGCAACAGUAACAUGGCAUACAGUGAAAAUAAAUUGAUUUCUACGGACUUCCCUUUACCAAACUUCACAAAGCUCUCAAUUUGACAAAAUGAGGUUAUACUAAGAGAUACAAUGUCUUUGAAUCUGUAUUUACUUCUUUCAUCAUUUAAUAGGACUUUUACAUAAACGAAAGUUCAUGUUGAAUAUUGCAGUGGCUACUUGAUACCUUUCUAAUAAACAUAGUGUUCUGCAUUAAACAAUA